UGGAAAGCCUGGAGGAGGAGUAUGAAAGGAUGGAGGACUGGUGCGGCGCAACGGACGAACCUGGCUUCAGCGGUCAGAUGGAUCAAAUGACUUCUAUGAUCAGGAAACACCUGAAGCAGAAGGAAUUCUUCCUCAAGGCCUGCACGUUAACCAAGGAAAUUGCAUAUAUCUUCCACCAAUUCGUAGAGAGGAACGGCGCUACAGUGGGACGGCUGAGUCAAGACCAAGAACAGCACGUAACAAGCAUCCUUAAUGAUCUGUGCCAGAGAGAAAACCGUGUCCUCUCUUUGUGGAAUGUCAGGAAGCAGGACCUGGACCAAUGUCUACGAAUGGAAAAGCACCGCUGCAGCUUGAGGAAGGAUGUCCACCUGGGCAUUGUUACCGCUACAUCGGACAUGAUGCCAAGAUCGUGUCGUACACUCAAGCGUGGUCAUAAACUGGAUUUUAAAGGAACAGGUCCCACUUGGCAAAAGUGGCUCAGCAAAUGCGUGUCCUGGCCAAACCAUAAAUACAUCGGUCAGUAAUAAGGCGGCUGGGAGCCAAGACAAGAAUGGUCGUGACCACAACACCUUUGUUGGUUUGGUGAAGAGAUCCCCUAUCGGGCACCUGGGUUCCAUGAUGGACAGUGGUACUUGUCCACAGUCAACUUUUCAUUUAUUUUAGUACUUUUGGGCUGUUUUACUUUUGUAUAUAUUUUUGU